AUGGAUAUCAACCGCAUGUUCGAUAUUAAGGGUCAUGAGUCCGAUGCGGGAAAUUCCGAUGAAUUUUUGGGACAUUAUCGUGGUACUGACGAUGAAUACGAUGAUGUGGAUGACAUGGAUCCCGGAGGUGGUCCCGAAGCAAGGGAGCAAGGUGCUGCGCAUGCUGCAAAUUGCAGGGAGUCUGGUGGUAUAAAUGACGUGGCAAGCGGUACGACAAGCAGGCAAGUCGUUGCGAAUGACUUCUUGGGUAGAGAGUUUGCGACAGAAGAAGAUGCUUAUGCUGCAUACAAGGAGUUUGCGAAAUUUAGGGGCUUUGGAGUUCGGAAGGGAGUUGUAGCUCGGGUUAAUGGGGUUUUGGUCAGAAGAGACUUUUUUUGCCAUCGACAAGGGAAAAGACAUGCUAAGCACUAUGACCGUCCUGAGCGAGUAAAGGAGGAGAGGCUUGAGAGCCGGACGGAUUAUAAGGCAAAGUUGAAGAUCUAUUACGAUGUGCAACACAACGUGUGGAAGGUGAGAACCAUCAAGGACAAACACAACCACGAGCUUGCCCCGGUGAUGUUCACUCAUCUCCUCCCAAGUCACCGGAAGAUGAGUGUGGGCCACAAGGUAUAG